AUUAACAUGUUGCUUUACAUCUCGUGUCUAUCAUUCUACUUUCAUUCUAUUUCCCUUUCCCUCCUCUUAAAUAUCUCCUUAAAUUCUUCCUAAUUCCUCUUUGCUCCUCGUGUCGUCCGUAAAAUAUCGAAAACGGCGACUGCUCAGAUCGCUUGAUUGGCGUGACCUAACCUCAAAUUCGACUACUCCGCAGUGACGAUUGACGUGACGAGAAUGUUACGUUCGCUACAUUCUCACUCGUGAGCGAUAAUUCACGGUAUGAUGGCACCGCGAUAGCCCAUGAACGACACUCGUGUUGUGCACGUGGAUAUCAUCCCUGGGAUGAUGGCCGACCUGGAGUACGUGCGGCUGUACUUCAGUCUGCAGCUCAACGAAGCAGUCUGCUGGUGGUGUUAUUACAUCCGCGAGAUUUCAUGGCAGCUGUUGAUCGCCCUGUUGGCAUAUCUUUGUGUCUGUGUCUUCCUUUACACAGUUCUGAAGCGGGUGGGCCAUACUGCCUGGCAAUUACCGGGUCCACCUGGCAGACUUCUUCUGGUCACUGCUCAUCCAGACGAUGAGGUGAUGUUCUUCGGACCACUGGUAUACUGGCUAACCCGUUCCAAAGCCAGCGAGAUCUACCUGCUGUGCUUAUCCAUGGGUGGAGACAAAAGGAGGAUAGACGAACUGUGGGAAUGUACUAAGGUGUUGGGAAUUCCAGAAGCCAAUGUAACGAUUAUUAUGAGUGGCGAGCUGCCAGAUGAUCAAGGCAUACAGUGGCCAACAGACACAGUUGCAGAGAGUAUCUUGCAAUACAUAGAAAUGUAUAAAAUCAAUGCCGUCGUGACAUUCGAUAAACACGGAGUGAGCCGGCAUAAGAAUCAUAUCUCCUUGUAUUUUGCGAUCGCCGCAUUAUGCAUAGAGAAAAAAGUACCUCCUUAUUGCAAGCUGUAUGUGUUAGAGUCCGUUAAUAUAAUCAGGAAGUACAUUCAACUCUUAGAUUUGCCCGUCAGUCUACUCUCAGCUUCAUAUUGGUAUCUAGUAACAUACGAGCAGAAGCGAACAAUCAAAAGUGCCAUGGCUGCACACAAGUCCCAGUACGUCUGGUUUCGAAAGCUGUACAUGAUCUUUUCGCGGUACACGUUCAUCAACACUCUCCAAGAAGUCAGUGCUCUUGACCUGGAACUGGACCUCCAGUUCGACGAGGACUGAACGUUACGCGACAAACGAAGAAUUGUACAAAAUAUGUAAUUAACGAUCAUUGUGUACAUACUUUGUCUACUGUAUUAAAUUCCAUAUAAACUACAUACCAAAGAUACGAAAACUAGCUAAUUAAUAUAAAAACUUUGAAAUACAUGCAGAGACAUACUUUAUAAGAAGGAAAUAUUUUUUUAUUCAUUAAUAGAAUAUACAUCGUAGUUACUUUCGAACAAGAGUACGGCACGUAGCUUUUACAGCUCAAAUCAAAUCUCUUUCAUUAAUAGAAAAUAUACAUACUGCGUGCCAUUUUAUUCUUCUCUAUAUAUACAACCUUUUACAGCUGCAUAUAAAUUCAAAUUGUCAUUUGAUAUGUGUAUAACUUUACUCAUCAGGUGUGUAUAAUAAAAAAAUCUAGAAUUAUAUAUAUAUAAUAUAUAUAUAUUAUAGAUAAAAGAUCGUAUUCUAAUUUAAGUUUCGGGUCGCGCAAGAUUUUUCGCCCGGUAAUUGCAUUACGGAAAAUUAGCAGCCAUUGUCAAAUCAUUUGAGCAAGUAAUAAUAAUACGUGACGAGUCGCGCGCGCGCGCGCGCGAUCUCGCGAUUGUACGUAUAU